GCCGAGCUCACUGACUGUAUCUCCAUGUUAGUCGGGAACAACGAGAGGAUUCAGGCCAUCAUCAGUCAGCUGGAGGAGACCUGCCGAGCCGUGGAUGAGAACGGACGCAGACAGAAGUCGAAGGUGUGCGAGACGUUCGACCAUCUGUUCGCUCUGCUGGAGGAGAGGAAAGGUGAGCUGACUCUGAGGAUCAACUCCGAGCAGGAGGAGAAACUCGACUACAUCCGAGGUCUGAGGAGGAAGCACACCGAGCACCUGGAGAACGCCGCCAAGCUGCUGGAGACCGCCAUCCAGACCCUGGACGAGUCCGAGAUGGCCGUGUUCCUGCAGAGCAGCAAACCUCUGCUCCAGAAGAUCGUGGAGGGCACCAACACGUCUCACCUGGAUAAUGUCCAACAUGGCUACGAGAAAAUGGAUCACUUCACAGCUAACGUUGACCGUCAGCGGAGAGCGCUCAUGAACAUCGACUUCAUCAAACUUGAUGAAGACGAUGAUGAUGAAGAUGAAGAUGAAGAUGAAGCGAUGGAGGUCAGAGGGACAACAGGAAGUCGAGUUGAGCUCGCUGCGGGGCUCUCAGCCAAUCAGAAUCCUCCUCUGUCUCCUGCUCAGCCUGCAGGUGUUCAGCUUUCAGCCCCGCCCCCUCAGAGACCCUCCGAGGCUCCGCCCACCACCUCACCGACAAAACCUCCCGCCUCAUCAACCAACCAGGCCCCGCCCCCUCUGUCACUCCCCAGUGCAAGCCCCGCCCCUCAGGUUGAUCAGCAGAACGAGUCGGAGGAUAAAGACGGACCCAAACAUGUCUUCUCCUUCAGCUGGCUCAACCAGAAGUAAACCGUCUAGUAAAGGAGGGAAGGCGACGUCGGAACUGUUAAACAUGUUUUCUGUUCAAAUGUCAAAUAAAUUAUUGUUUUAUUAUGAAACUGAUUUUCUUCUGUUGGCUCCACCCAAAAAAACUCCACCAGACUUCAAUAAACAGCCAGAACAUU